UUCCGUCUAAUCGCAAAGUCCCUUCAGUUGUCAAAGUUGCAAUCAUAACUGCGGCAGUCGAGUUUUUAGUUUUGAUAAUCAUCAAACUUUCACCCGUUGAAAAAUUGUACGCUUUUCGUGCCCGCAAACCGGUCUCGUUCCGUCGCGAAUCGAUUCGUCACCGCCCCCAUCCGGAAGUGCGAGUAGGCGCUGGCAAAAUGUUCUGAUAGUGGGCCUACACGAAAGGCAAAGGUUGGCAGUGCCCUGCGUCACAGACAAAGAGAGCCAUUUUCCCAUUUUUGGUGGCGGAGCUCCCCUGCGGAAGGCCACCGAACCGAAUUCGUCGCCGCCGCCGCCAAAGGUGAACCACCAUGUCCAAAACAGUGAAAAGACCUACGGCCGGAAUACGGCCCAGUUGCUACAUUCCGUCGCGGCUGGAGGAACGGCGGACGAGGGCGCGUAUUCUGCGGCAGGAACGGCGCCGGAAGCCGGACAAACCGGACGAUUUUGUGACGUACGAGGAUUCAGACUCGGAGGAAGAAACGCCGGCCCAACAGCACCAGGUCCUGAGCACAUCUUUUAACUUUGUCGAUUACGUGCGCAGCCGGGAAUCGGACCUGACCGAGGAGCGGAACGUGGACCCGUCCUACGCCAGCCGGCACAUCUUGACGCACGACAUGUUCAAGGAAACGCCGAUUGCGCUCGGGAACAUCAACAAGGUGUUUUGCUCGCAGUGGCUCAGCAAUCGGCAGGUCGUGUUCGGGACCAAGUGCAACAAGCUGAUGGUGUACGACGUAAACACCCGCAAGGUGGACGCAAUCCCGACGUUGCCCAACAGCCGCGGCGCCAGUCCAGACACGCAGUCGGGAAUCCACGCGUGCCAGAUCAACCCGAGCAACAGUCUGCUGGCGACGGGGGCGCGCCACUCGGCCGACAUUGCCAUCUAUCGGCUGCCGACGCUCGAUCCGCUGUGCAUCGGCGAGAACGCCCACCGCGACUGGGUGUUCGACAUGUGCUGGCUGGACGAUCAGUUUCUGGUGUCCGGGUCGCGCGACACCAAACUUGCCCUGUGGCGUGUCAACGAGGACACGAUGGAGUUUCCGGUGGCGGCCUCGAAAGACGGUGCGGAAGGGGACGGCAACGGUCAGGAAGCGACAACGUCGUCGGCAGCUGUCGCCAAUGCCGCCGCCGCCGCCGCAGUUCCGCAGUACGCCCACAUUAGUCCAAUCUCGGUGAAGGAGUGCCGGGGGGCGCAAAAGAUCCGCGCCAUCUGCUUCAACAAAGAGUACCGCGAGUUGGCGCUGCUCUCGCUCAACGGGUACAUGCAUCUGUUCAACGCGGAAACGUUCUCCCAGAAGCUGUCCCGGAAGCUGCCCAACUGCCAGGAGAACGUGUGCAUCGCCUGUCAACCGAACGGGCUGUACGCGGUUGGGUGCAGGUCGUACACGCUGCUGCUCGAUCCGCGGACGUUACAGGCCGUGAAAAAGAUCGCCUCGCGGUACAGCGGCUGCGGCAUCCGGUCCGCUAGCUUCCAGGGCAACAUACUCACCAUCGGCACGGGGCUGGGGAUGCUGAUGUUCUACGACAUCCGCGCCGGCAAGUAUCUCGAGUCGCAGACGAGCGCGUCCCGGACGGUCGUGCUGAAGGCCAGCCGAGGCUACGUAGCACAAUUCCCCGAGGAAGAGAUGGACAACUUCCAGCAGAUCAAGUACGUUCCAGCGAUCUACACGCACUGUUACGACGGCAGCGGCACCAGACUGUUCACGGCCGGCGGUCCACUUCCGGCCACGCUCAUAGGAAACUACGCGGGAAUCUGGCAAUAAUUUUCGAAACUCUCGUAUGUUGUAGGACUAAUAGCGGUAUAAUAUGACAUAUUAUAAUUUAUUACAAUUCAUACACAUACACAAAAGUUAAACCGUACACUUCCGGAUGGUGUUGUUGGUCUGAUGAGGGGUUAAAGUGCGGUUUGACGUUGGUUUCAAGAAGAAGAAAAAAACAAGCUACACGAUAAAGCAGUGUGUAGAAUUAAGCUUUAUUUGCUUUGUUUUUAGUUUAGUUACUUUUUAGGUUUAGCGAAAAGAUUUUUCAAAAAUUUGUAGUUGGAACGAUCUCAAAAACUGAUUAAAACUUAUUACUGGCUAUAGCUAUGUACGGAGCUCGGAAGAGUUGCUCAUUUUUUUCGUGGCCACAAGAAAAUUUACUGUUCGAUAUAAUCCUUUCAGGCCUAAUGAGUCAUAUAUGACCCAAAAUUUAAAAAAUGUCCAAAACUAGCCUAUAUUUUGGUAUGUUCGUAAGAAUAGUUUUCCCAUGAUUAACUAAAUAAAAACAGAUAUUUUUACAAUUUCGAAAAGUGAAAAAUAAAAAUGAGAAUAAAAAAAUAUUUUUUUCAAAUUAAAAAAUUCAAAACAUAAAAUUUUUUAAAUCUUGAGAUUUCAAUUUUUUUUAAAUUAACAAUACCGUCAUUAAGGGUAAAAUUGGAUCUGGGGAGUGAGGGGGGAGGAGCAGCAGACCCAAUGUCACCCCAAUGAUGACAAUAACAAAAAAAAUAAUAUAAUUAUAAUUCUAAAAAAAACAGUGCUUUAAAAAACUAUUUAAAAUGGAGAAAAAUGAAAUUUUAGGUGCAUUUAAAUAACAAAACUAAAAAAAUCGCUACGUAAUAAAAGAACAGUCCCCUAUUUUUAUGAAUACAGUCUAGAUUCGAUUAUCCGAAGGCUUGUAUGGGACUUCAAAUAUUCGAAUCACGAACCAUUUUUUUAGUUUUUUUUUCUUAGGCCGUUGCAAAUAUUUUUCAAAGUUUAUGUCCCUCGGCUCUGAACAAAGUCGAGGGGGGGCAAAAAAAUAAAAAAAUAUAAAAAUUGAAAC